GCAUGAUGAGGCAAUCACUAGGAGAUGGUAGAUUAAAAACAUGCUUUUUCCCACGAUUCAAACUAGCGUAUAGCCGAAGUGAUAAAACAGAAAAGAGUGCAUCCAUUUUAAAAACAAUAUACGGCUAGACAUGCUGUCUAGAAAUAUUCUCAGCUGGUUAGUGCUACUGACCAUAGCUACUGUUACCAGGAGUGAGCACUAUCACAUUGUGCCAGUGAAUUCAACUGACUUGUGUAAUGACUAUCGAAAUGGAACUUGUUUUACUCUCGAGCAGCUUGUUCGAACCGACUUGUUAUCUGGUGGAGACAAUCUCACCUUGAGCUUUCUACCUGGAGAUCAUGUGUUAACUGAGCAGUUAUUGAUUCUUAACUUCUCACAUGUGCAUCUAACUGGCCUGACGGAAAAUACAACUGUAGUGAGAUUCAAUAGCAAUGGUGUAAUACGUUUUGUUAGUAUUACCAGAUUGAGUAUUGAACGUUUUGGUUUCAUUGGAGCGAAUCUUGGACCACCAAACUCACAUCAAGUAUUGAUCGUUGACAGUGCCCAUGAUGUCUAUAUCAAUGACUGCUACUUCCUGGACUUUGAUUUACUCAUUCAGGCAGAACGGAACAUAGUUAAGAUUACUAAAACUGAAACUGCGACAAUUGAGAGCACUCUCUUUAUGAACAACACUGGACUGGCACUGCACCUUGAGGCUGAUAAUGUGUACAUAACAAAUAGUGUGUUCACUAGAAAUGAUGGAGGUGCAGUUAACAUUGAAUCAAACAACGUACUGAUCAACAACACAGAGUUCAACUACAACAGUGCUAAGAAAAGAGGAGCAUUAAAAGUUGUAUCUGGAACAGUAGUGAUCACUUGGAGCACCUUCACAAAUAACAAUGUUUAUCGGCGGUAUGGUGGAGCGAUUUAUGUUGCCUCAGGCAGUAAUGUGUCCAUCUCCAAUUGUGAGCUGACAAAUAACAGUGCUGGCUGGAAUGGUGGAGCAAUUUAUGUUAGAUCAAGUAGUGUGUCUAUUUCCGGUAGCACAUUGACCAAUAACAGUGCUGACAAAUUUGGUGGAGCAAUUGAUGUUUACUCAAGCAAUGUGUCUAUCUCCGACAGCAUGCUGAAAAACAACACAGCUGAUAAUAGUGGUGGAGCGAUUGGUAUUUUUAAAGGGAGUGUGACCAUUUCCGAUAGCAACCUGACAAACAACAGAGCUAAUUCCAAUAGUGGAGUGAUUAAUGCUGACUUGGGAAAUAUUUCUAUCUCCAACAGCACGCUGACAAAAAACAGUGCUGGCUUGAACGGUGGAGCGAUUCGUGUUAUAUCAGGAUAUGUGUCUAUCUCAGACAGCACACUGACAAACAACAGAGCUAAUCGCUAUGGUGGUGUGAUCGAUAUUCAAAAAGGCAAUGUUUCUAUUUCCAACAGCAUACUGACAAACAACAGUGGUGGCAAGAAUGGUGGCGCUAUUGACAAUUUUUCAAGCAGUUUGUCUAUCUACGACAGCAGACUGACAAACAACACUGCUCACUGGAGUGGUGGAGCGAUUCAUGUUAAGUCAGGGAAUGUUUCUAUCUCAGACAGCACACUGACAAACAACAGAGCUGACAGGAAUGGUGGAGCAAUUGAUACUUCUUCAAGCAUUGUGUCUAUCUCAGACAGUAGACUGACAAAAAACAGUGCUCACUUGAGUGGUGGAGGGAUCGGUGUUUACUCAGGCAGUGUGACCAUCUCUGAUAGCUCACUGACAAACAAUAGAGCUGAUAACCAUGGUGGAGCGAUUGAUAUUGAUUCAGGCAUUGUUUCUAUUUCCAACAGCACACUGAUAAAAAAUAGUUGUGGCAAGAACGGUGGAGCGAUUGACAAUUUUUCAGGCAUUUUGUUUAUCUACGACUGUACCCUGACAAACAACACUGCUAAUAAGAGUGGUGGAGCGAUUGGUGUUCAAUCAGGCAAUGUGUCCAUCUCCGAUAGUACGCUGACAAACAACAGUGCUCAUAUUGGUGGAGCGAUUAAUAUUGACUCAGGAAGUGUAUCUAUCUCUGACAGCACACUGGCAAGUAACUAUGCGGAUGGGAAUGGUGGAGCAAUUCAUACUUACUCAGGCGGUGUAUCCAUCUUCAAUAGCACACUGACAAGUAACAAUGCUGCCGGGAAUGGUGGAGCGAUUGGUGUUUACUCAGGCAAUGUGUCUAUCUCAGAUAGCUCACUGACAAACAACACUGCUGACGGGAAUGGUGGAGUGAUUCAUGGUGACCUUGGCAGUAUUGUGUCGAUCUCUGACAGUAUGCUGAACAACAACACAGCUACCUCUGGAGGAGGGAUAUUUCUGAGAGUAAGUACACUCUUUGUAAAUGAGCCAACAACGAUCAAUCUCAACACAGCACACCAGGAUGGUGGAGGAAUUUAUGCUCAUUCAAGUAGAGUUGAAUUUGAAUCUGCUUUACCGAUUCCAUCAAAUAUACGAAGUGAGAUUAUUGAAAACAUUGCUGAGAAUGGUGGAGGUAUUUAUGCAGUAGCUACAACCAUUAAACUAACUCGAUCACACGUUAACAUUGACUCAAACACAGCAACCGCUAGUGGAGGUGGAGUGUUUCUACGGCAAAGUUCAAGACUGUACUUGUUUAAAAAAAACUAUGAAAGUGCAAAUCAAUUAUAUGUCAAGCUAGCGAUUAACAACAACUUGGCUCAGUACGGAGGGGGAAUAUUUGUGGCGGAUGACACAGAGAGUGGUGCCUGCAGAGGAGGAGUUAUAGAAAAUGGUGCUACUCAAACCAUUUUUGAGGACUGUUUUAUUCAAACAAUCAAUUUGAAUGAAAUCAAGUCGAAAAUAAACCACUUCAACACAUUCAUGACUAACAACACAGCUACCCUGUCAGGAGCAGACAUCUAUGGAGGUUUGUUGGACAGGUGUACAGCAGAACAAAAUGCUGAAUAUCACAAUUCUUCCAAUGGAUUGGACUACAUAUACAAAACUGUAAAACUGUCCACUGAGUUAUCAAUCUCCUCUUCACCUGUUCAAGUAACUUUUUGUAACUAUACACAACGCGAAAACGUUUUCACGAAAAAAGGACACACGUACAAAAUUAGUGUUAUGGCUUUUGACCAAAUUAGAAAUCCAAUCAAUGUCACAAUUAUCAGUUCUGUUAUCACUAAUAGUGGUGUUGGUCGUCUCAAAGAAGGACAGGCUGAACAAGUAGUUGGCAAUCAAUGCACAGAAUUAGAGUACAAUGUAUUCUCACAAGACAGCUCUGCUCAAGUGGAACUCUAUGCUGAUGGUCCAUGCAUGAAUUUGGGAAUUUCGAGACAACUUAUUAAUAUUUCUUUUCUACCCUGCACAUGCCCUGUCGGGCUAAAACCAAUUCAGUCCGAUAUUGAGUGCAAAUGUGACUGUGAUCCAGACUUGCAACAACUAUAUCAGAUAACAAAUUGUUCUGAGGAAAAUGGGACCAUAAAGCUUGAAAGUAAUAACAACAUAUGGAUAGAUACUACCAACGGAACAGGUUAUGUUGUUAGUAACUGUGCAUUUAACUAUUGUGUAGAAAAACCAGUUCACAUCAGUCUAAGCAACCCUGACGAACAGUGUGCUUUCAAUCGAAGUGGUGUCUUGUGUGGAGAAUGUGAACCAGGACUAAGUCUUGUGUUGGCUACGUCAAGAUGUGCACAAUGCUCUGAUGUUUACCUUCUUCUACUAAUACCAUUUGCGCUGGCAGGCAUAUUAUUAGUUGUUGUAAUUCUCGUGCUCAACAUCACUAUAGCAACUGGAAAUAUUCAUGGCCUCAUUUUUUACGCUAACAUAGUAGCUGCUAAUAGAGCAAUUUUCUAUUCUAGAAACAACUUUUUAACAGUUUUUAUAUCAUGGGUGAAUCUUGACCUGGGAAUCGAGACUUGCUUUUACGAUGGAAUGAACGCUCAAGGAAAAGUGCUCCUUCAACUUGUCUUUCCCACUUACCUGUUUCUUCUAAUGCUUUUUAUUAUACUUUUGAGCAAGUACUUUGACUCAUUUGCAAAGCUCCUCUCCAACAGGAACCCAGUUGCUGCCCUAGGCACACUCGUCCUACUCUCUUAUUCUAAAUUUUUACGGUUUAUUGUUGCAGCACUACAAUUCACAGAAUUGCAUUAUCCUGACGGUUCAACCAAGACUGUUUGGUUGUUUGACGGCAAUGUACAAUACUUCACUCCCAUUCGCAUCCCUCAGUUUGUUGCUGCUAUUAUAAUCCUCAUUGCUGGUGUAUUGUUCACUGUGCUGCUCUUCUUUGGACAAUGGUUUCCUCGCUGUUCGAAGGUUAUGAUAUGGACCAAGAACACAUACUACAAUGGUUUCAUGGACGCAUACCAUGCUCCAUUCACUCCCAAGCAUCGCUACUGGGUGGGACUGCUCCUCUUUGCUCUGAUUGCUCAUAAUCUAGUAGCUGCCAUGGCUACAGACACUUCUCUCCCUGUUCUAUCUGCUGGGUGUAUUGCAUUCGGACUGAUAGCAUUGAACAACCGAGUGUAUAAAAAGCGACUUAAUGAAUAUUUAGAAGCACUAUUUCUGCUUAAUCUCGGCAUUCUAUCUAUUGGCACUUCAUAUGUUGUUGAAACACAACAGCAAGACACACUCACAAAUGUUUCAAUGUCCAUAGCUUUCAUCCUCUUUGUGAUAAUAAUCAGCUACCAUUUCUACCACUUCAUACUAAAGAGCACCAAGAUAUGGCUUAAGAUAAAGGGAGUCAUCAAAAACUUGAGAAUUGGUGCUGCAGACAAUAAGAAUCAACCACCUAACAAUGCCAUGGCAAUGCAUCAGCGUGCAGCCAAUGAUCAUGAUGAGCAAUUUAAAGCUGAGCAAAUAGAUCUAGACAUUGUGGACCCACCACCUUACACUGAUGGAGCAGUGGAAGAAGCUGACCCUGAUCGUUACAUCACUCCUCCCGUGAUCAGACUAGCCACGAGACCCGAACAGCUGAGACUAUCCUACAUGGAUGAGCUAGCCCCCCUCACCACAGAGGACUACAGACAAGCCCCUCCCCCUCCAAAAGUCAACCGUCGUCCUGUUGUUACAUACACAGAAAUCGGCCUUGUGCACAAUUAAGUGUGAACUGCCUUACUUGGUACAAUUUACAUGUGCAUGUACAGCUUAAAACAAUGUCAUUAAUUAGCUGAAUAGUUACAUGUACUAUAUAUGUAGCUGUUGUAUAAUUAUGUUAGAGAGAUAGGCUUUUUGUAGAAACAAAAACUGUUAUGAUUUGUUUUGAUACAACAGUCCCAUGUACACUAACAAUAAAAUCCCCACUGAAUUAUCACUCUCCUAUGCCUGAUCAUGCAGUAUAAUGUCUAUAAAAUUAUAUC